AUGCGGCUCUGUGUGGAUUACAGGCAGCUGAACAAGGUUACAAUAAAGAAUAAGUACCCAUUGCCGAGAAUUGAUGAUCUCAUGGAUCAGUUACAAGGAGCUGGAGUUUUCUCCAAGAUCGAUUUGCGAUCCGGUUAUCACCAGAUAAGGGUGAGGGGUGAGGAUAUCCCUAAGACCGCUUUCAGGACUCGUUAUGGUCAUUACAAGUACACUGUAAUGUCUUUCGGGUUGACGAACGCUCCUGCAGUGUUUAUGGAUUACAUGAAUAGAGUUUUCCGUCCGUUUCUGGAUAAAUUCGUUGUUGUCUUCAUUGAUGACAUACUGAUUUACUCCAAGACUGAAGAAGAGCAUGCGGAACACUUGAGGACUGUGUUGCAGAUUCUAAAGGAGAAGAAACUCUAUGAAGGAGACCAUGUCUUCCUUAAAGUUACUCCGACCACGGGAGUAGGUAGGGCGAUUAAGGCAAAGAAGUUGAAUCCUCGAUACAUUGGUCCAUUUCAGAUCCUGGAGAGGAUUGGGCCGGUGGCGUAUCGGAUGGCUCUACCACCUCAUCUUUCGAAUCUGCACGACGUGUUUCACGUGUCGCAGCUUCGGAAGUACACGCCUGAUGCUAGCCAUGUGUUAGAACCUGAGUCGGUUCAGUUAAGGGAAGAUUUGAUGCUUCCAGUGGCUCCGGUCAGAAUUGAUGAUACUAGUAUCAAACGGUUGCGUGGAAAAGAGGUUUCAUUAGUCAAAGUGGCAUGGAGUCGAGGCAGUGUUGAGGAACACACUUGGGAACUAAAGUCGGAGAUGCGAACGGAUUAUCCGCAUUUCAUUAUUGGUGAUGGCAAUAACAUGUAUGAUUUUACUUAUGUUGGAAAUGUGGCUCAUUCCCAUUUAUGUGCUGACCGAGCUCUAGCUUCAGAGGGGAAAGUUUCAAAAAAAGCUGCAGGAGAGAGUCGAUGGACAUCUUUGAAAGAUUCUCUCAUUACAUUACAUUAUAAAUAUUUUUCUUCUCUCCAAGCUCUGAUGGCCAACGACAAUCCUUCCCCCGAGUCAAUGAAGCGGCCGUGCAUCGUGUGGAUCUCUCAGCUGCGUAAGCUCUUCCUUGUGGUGGUGGACACGACUAUAGCGAUGUUCUAUGACACUGUAGAAGCCAAUGGAAUAGACCCUGAAAUCCUCAGACUAAAAAUCUUUCCAUUUGGUCUGAGGGGUCAAGCAAAGGAAUGGUGGAAUAUUGAACCCAAAGCAAUUGUGCUCACUUGGGAUAAGGUUGUUAACAAAUUUUUGAAUAGGUUCUCGCCCUCGCAGAGAUUAACUAAGCUAAUGGCAUAUGUUCAGACCUUCAGGCAGAAUGAGAGCAAGUCCCUCUAUGAUGCAUGGGAGAUACACACUAUUGAGGAACUAAAAGAAGAAAAGGUUCCACCAGAGGCUGGAAGCACGCUGUUACAUGCCCUUUUUGUAGGAAGAGAGCCUAAAGUAUCACCUCUUCAGGAAAAGAAAAAGGAGACUAAGGAUGAGUAG